AUGACCACUGAGCAAAAGAAUGUUUACGAUACUAUUAUCAAUAGUGUCGACCGGGGUGAGGGUGGUUUAUACUUUCUAUAUGGCUACGGUGGUACAGGAAAAACAUUCAUUUGGCAAACUCUUGCUGCAUUUUUGCAUUUAAGAGGCCAAAUUGUAUUAACAGUUGCUUCUAGCAGUAUAGCCUCUUUGUUAAUUCCUGGCGGUAGAACGGCUCAUUCUAGAUUUGCAAUCCCUUUAAUUGUUGACCAAUUUUCAACUUGCAACAUUAGACAAGGAAGCCAAUUAGCCGAGUUGAUAGUGAAAUCUAAGUUGAUUAUAUGGGAUGAAGCUCCAAUAGUUAAUAAAUUUUGUUUUGAAGCUCUUGAUUGUACCAUGAGAGAUUUGCUUAAGAUUGUGAACUCCAAUAGUAAAAAUCUACCAUUUUGCAGUAAAACAGUUGUGUUUGGAGGUGAUUUUCGACAGAUUUUACCUGUAAUACCUAAAGGUUCGAGACAAGAUGUAGUUAAUGCAAUUAUCAAUUCAUCUUAUUUGUGGGAUCAUUGUAAGGUGUUAAAGUUGACUCAAAACAUGAGAAUAAAGGGAUCUAACAACAUUGAAGGAUCUGAUCAAAGUUUAAGGGAGUUUGCAGAUUGGUUAUUGAAGAUAGGAGAUGGAAAGAUUGGUGAGAUUUCUGAUGUUGAAGCUAUUGUAACAUCUACAUUCAAGAACUACAUUGAGGAUCCAGAUGACGAGAAGAAUUUACAAGAUAGAGCCGUGUUGGCACCAACACUUCAGACUGUAGAUGAGAUUAAUGAACAUAUGAUGAAGAUUAAUCAAAGACAGCAUGUUUUUUGCUUUAGUGCUGAUAUGGCUUGCAAGUCCGAGACACAAACAGAUGUUGCUGCAGCUGUUCACACCCCUGAAUUUCUCAAUGGUCUCAAGUCUUCCGGUCUUUCAAACCACGAAAUCAAAUUGAAGGUUGGUAUAUCGAUUAUGCUUCUUAGAAACAUUGAUCAUUCUUCGGGUUUAUGCAAUGGGACACGAUUGAUUAUUACUCAGCUAGGAAAAUGA